AUGACGAGAACCUCGAGGUUCCGCAAACUGUUGCAAGAGACGAGACCGGUAGCUCCUACGCUUGUAGGAUCCCCAAGGCGGAGGUGGGCGGAAAGGAAGGAAGUGGCGCGGAAGAGAACCUCGUGGCUGAAUCUUGCAAGGACGGCAUAUCGCCUGAGCAACUCUUCUGGAGGCGUUUGCGGUCACAUCAAGGAUCUUUCCACCAAGGGCAACAUCGCCCCCUUCUUCUUCCUUGCCAACUCUGACGAGAGGGCUCAACCGCAAACCACCGACAGGCAGGGCAUCCCAAAAGAGACAAUCUUAAUCGCCAAUGACUACGAGCGAUACUUAUUCGAACGUAUGACCGAGCUGGAACCGAAGAUUCCCGACGGAACUUUCGAGGACGACAGGGCUCGUCCCAAGGUCGACGGCGAUGUCCAGAAGCGUGCUCGGGCUUUGCUGGCCGCUAUGCAUGAGGACAUCCUCCGCUACAUCUCUGGAGGUGUCAAUAUUCGUAAGCGGUUGGAUUUUGAUGUUAUGAGUGUGACGAGGAAGAGCCCGCGGACGACGAGUGAUGUGCUGGGUGGCUUCGAAUGUCUCGUGUAG